CGAGGGGCGCGAGGGCGGGAGGCCGGGGAGGCCCGGGAGGCCCGGGCGGUGUGGCGGCGGCCGAGCCGAGCCCAUCCGAGCCGGCACCUUCGGACGCCCCUGUCCCACGUGACUGUCCCCUCCUCCCUCCUCCCAGUCGCGCGCACGGGCCGGGCGUCUCGACUCCCGCGCGCGCUCGGCUGGUCCCAGUCCCCGGGAGAAGAAGCGGAGGAGGGAGAGAGCCAGCGAGGCGGCCCAGGGGAGCGGGCGCGAGUGGCGGCUGCCGGAGCCGCCUGUGCACGGGCGGCGGCGAGGCGACGGUGGCGGUCGCCUGAGCAGCUAGAGCCGGGGCGGCGCGGAAUCCGCAUCCGCCGCGAGUGUGAUGAAGCUACCCUGCCUCGCUGCUCCGCUUGCCGCCAGCUGACACCGCCUGCACUCAGCCCGCCCGGGAGGGGAGACGCCGCGGGGCCGUGACCUUGGCGGAGGAGGGCACACUGAUAAUUCUUGUAUCUUGAGAGUGGACCAAGUUUUGGGUGACAUGGCCCAGGGGAAUAAUUAUGGGCAGACCAGCAACGGGGUGGCCGAUGAAUCACCCAACAUGCUGGUGUACAGAAAGAUGGAAGACGUCAUAGCACGGAUGCAAGAUGAAAAAAAUGGAAUUCCUAUUCGUACGGUCAAAAGCUUUCUUUCCAAGAUACCUAGCGUCUUCUCUGAGUGUUGCUCUGUCACCCAGGCUAGAGUGCAGUGGUGUGAUCUUGUCUCACUGCAACUCCACCUCCUGAGUUCAAGCAAUUCUCCUGCCUCCCUGGUAGCUGGGAUUACAGGUUCAGACAUUGUUCAAUGGUUGAUAAAGAACUUAACUAUAGAAGAUCCAGUGGAGGCGCUCCAUUUGGGAACGUUAAUGGCUGCCCAUGGCUACUUCUUUCCAAUCUCAGAUCAUGUCCUCACACUCAAGGAUGAUGGCACCUUUUACCGGUUUCAAACGCCCUAUUUUUGGCCGUCAAAUUGUUGGGAGCCGGAAAACACAGAUUAUGCCGUUUACCUCUGCAAGAGAACAAUGCAAAACAAGGCACGACUGGAGCUCGCAGACUAUGAAGCUGAGAGCCUGGCCAGGCUGCAGAGAGCGUUUGCCCGGAAAUGGGAGUUCAUUUUCAUGCAAGCAGAAGCACAAGCAAAAGUGGACAAGAAGAGAGACAAGAUUGAAAGGAAGAUCCUUGACAGCCAAGAGAGAGCGUUCUGGGACGUGCACAGGCCCGUGCCUGGAUGUGUAAAUACGACUGAAGUGGACAUUAAGAAGUCAUCCAGAAUGAGAAACCCCCACAAAACACGGAAGUCUGUCUAUGGUUUACAAAAUGAUAUUAGAAGUCACAGUCCUACCCACACACCCACACCAGAAACUAAACCUCCAACAGAAGAUGAGUUACAACAACAGAUAAAAUAUUGGCAAAUACAGUUAGAUAGACAUCGGUUAAAAAUGUCAAAAGUCGCUGACAGUCUACUAAGUUACACGGAACAGUAUUUAGAAUACGACCCGUUUCUUUUGCCACCUGACCCUUCUAACCCAUGGCUGUCCGAUGACACCACUUUCUGGGAACUUGAGGCAAGCAAAGAACCGAGCCAGCAGAGGGUAAAACGAUGGGGUUUUGGCAUGGACGAGGCAUUGAAAGACCCAGUUGGGAGAGAACAGUUCCUUAAAUUUCUAGAGUCAGAAUUCAGCUCGGAAAAUUUAAGAUUCUGGCUGGCAGUGGAGGACCUGAAAAAGAGGCCUAUUAAAGAAGUGCCCUCAAGGGUUCAGGAAAUAUGGCAAGAGUUUCUGGCUCCUGGAGCCCCCAGUGCUAUUAACUUGGAUUCCAAGAGUUAUGACAAAACCACACAGAACGUGAAGGAACCUGGACGAUACACAUUUGAAGAUGCUCAGGAGCACAUUUACAAACUGAUGAAAAGUGAUUCAUACCCACGUUUUAUAAGAUCCAGUGCCUAUCAGGAGCUUCUACAGGCAAAGAAAAAGAGAUACUGCAAAUACUGCUGCAUGCCUUACUUAGCCGAAGAUCUUUUGUUUAAAUCCCUCUCCAUAGUCUCUGCAGCCUACAAGGCACUCAAGAAUAUCCAUCUGAGUCUACAGCAACAUAUGGGAGAGACUCGGAGGCAGUGGCUGGAGACAAACAAGCAGGAAUUGCAAAAGGAUAGCGAAAAUGGAGGUUAAAUUUUUUUUUUUUUUUUUUGAGACGGAGUCUUACUCUGUCGCCCAGGCUGGAGCGCAGUGGAGAAAUCUCGGCUCACUGCAAGCUCCACUUCCCGGGUUCACGCCAUUCUCCUGCCUCAGCCUCCUGAUUUACUGGGACUACAGCCCACCACCACGCCUGGCUAAUUCUUUUUGUAUUUUUUUGUAGAGAUGGGGCUUCACUGUGUUAGCCAGGAUGGUCUCAAUCUCCUGACCUCGUGAUCUGCCUGCCUCCGCCUCCCGAAGUGCUGGGAUUACACGCAUGAACCACCGCGCCCGGCCUCAAAAAAAAUCUAAAAGAUGCUGAUAACUUUCUACUCUUCUCUGUAAUCUGUUUCAUAGCCACCCUCUAAAAAUCUGCCCCUUUAUUUCUGCUCAAUCUCUUCAGUGUCCUGUAGACUAGAAAAGACUACUGUGUUUUUUUGUUUUGUUUUGUUUUUUGGUUUUUUUUCGAGACAGUUUCGCUUUUGUAGCCCAGGCUGGAGUGCAAUGGCGCAAUCUUGGCUCACUGCAACCUCCGCCUCCCGGGUUCAAGUGAUUAUCUUGCCUCAGCCUCCCGAGUAGCUGGGAUCACAGGCACCUGCCACGACACUCGGCUAAUUUUUUUAUUUUUAUUUUAUUUUUUUUUAGUAGAGACAGGGUUUCACCAUGUUGGCCAGGCUGGUCUUGAACUCCUGACCUCAGGUGAUCCGCCCACCUCGGCCUCCCAAAGUGCUGAGAUUACAGGCAUGAAUCACCGCACCUGGCCAUUCUGUGUGUUUUUAUGACAGCAAUAAAAUAAGUGGGCUUAGUAACUCAAGUAAACAUAGCUUCUCUCUAUUUCCUUUGUGAAGAAGGGAUUGCAGGAGAAGAAUGUAGGAAGUUGCUUCCAUCUCCCUAAUGCCCGGGGCUCUCAGGCUAUAGCUAAGAGCCUGGCCUUUAUCAGUCCUACUGCCUCAGAGCUCCUUACCAUCAACUUUCUGUUACUACUUUAAGACCAAGAACGAUUUUUUUUUUUUUUUUUUUUUUUUUUUUGAGACAGAGUCUCACUCUGUCACCCAGACUGGAGUGCAGUGGCGCAAUCUCGGCUCACUGCAACCUCUGUCUCCUGGGUUCAAGCAGUUCUCCUGUCUCAGCCUCCUGGGUAGCUGGGAUUACAGGCAUGCACCACCAUGCCCUGCUAUUUUUUUUUUUUUUUAAAGUAGAGACGGGGUUUUGCCAUGUUGACCACGCUGGUCUCAAACUCAUAACUGCAAGUGAUCCACCCACCUCAAUCUCCCAAGGUACUAGGUUUACAAGCAUAAGCUACCGCGCCCAGGCCACAAAUGAUGUUUUUAAAGUCAGUUAAAAUUUAUACCUUUGAUAGCUCACUUGGAAUAGUUAAGGACAAAUACAUAAGCUGUUAUUUUUGUUUUGAGAGUGUUGUCCCUAAUUAUAACAAAAUCUCUACAAACCAUUUAGGACAGAAAGGAAUUGGUUUGGUGGAGGGGAAGUUUUAUUGUGACACACUAGAGAACUCUCUUUGUUUAUGUAAUUAUUGUAUUAUAGACUAGGAUGAUGCUCUCUGUUCACUUAUGUGCCAGCUGAAGUCUCAGGUUUAUUUUGUCCUGAAACUGAUUAUAUGCUUCUUUUUCUAGCAUAUUUCCAUUAACUAGAUAUUAUGAAAUCUUACAGGAUCUUGCAUUUUUGUUAUGUUCUGAGUAUAUUUGUCUUUCUCUAUAGAUUUCUGUUUCCACUAUAAUCUGUUUCCUUUAGACUCUGACAGGAAGAGUUUAAAUCACGUAACACAUAUGUAAUCAUUGGGUUAAAAAUAAGUAUUAUUCUCAUAGAAUUAUUGAAUUAUUGUAAGCAAUUUGGUUUUUUAAAAGUGCCAUUGAUAGGGUUUGUUAGCCCUUUUAAUUUCUGGAAUUAAGACUUUAAAACUUAGCUAUAAAAAUUUCUCAGAUUUGGUCGGGCACAGUGUCUCAUACCUGUAAUCCUAGCACUUUGGGAGACUGAGCUGGGAGGAUCACUUGAGCCCAGGAGUUUGAGAUCAGACUGGAUGACAUAAUGAGACCUCAUCUCCACUAAAAAUAAAAAAUCAGCGAGGCGUGGCAGUGCACACCUGUGGUCUCACCUACUCGGGAGACUGAGGCAGGAGGAUCACUUGAGCCUGGGAGGUCAAAGCUGCAGUGAGUCAUGGUCACACCACUGUACUCCGACCUGAGUGAUAGAGCAAGACCCUCUCUCGAAAAAUUUUAAAACUAGUUUUAAAAAACCAUUUCUCAGAUUCUUCAAUUUGGAAAAAUUGGGAAGAGAUCAUUGGCAGGGGCUGGUUCCAUACAGCAUCCAAGGAACUGCCCUGAAAAUGAUUGUUCCAAAAUGGCUGACAUGCAAAUAUCGUACCAUGUGUACUUCCCUGGAAGUUAUCGUGUUCUUUUUAACUUAAUACAUUGCAAUAGAGUGAGCAACCAAAAGCAUACACACAAUCUUUUCUUUGUGCACUAGAGUAGGGCUUAUGCAUUUUCCUUUCCAGUAUGUGAAUAAGGCAGGAUUUGCACAUGGUUUACAAAUAGAUCCAAGUGUAAAUCUUCCAAUCCAGAUGGCCUAUUGGGCAUCCAUGCUGUCUGCUUUGACCUUAGUGCUGCACUUAAGAUUUUUUUUUUUUUUUUUGUGACGGAAUCUCACUCUAUUGCCCAGGCUGGAGUGCAAUGGCAUGAUCUCGGCUCACUGCAACCUCCACCUCCCAGGUUCAAGCGAUUCUCCUGCCUCAGCCUCCCGAGUAGCCAGGAUUACAGGUGACCGCCACCACGCCCGGCUAAUUUUUGUAUAUUUAGUAGAGACAGGGUUUCACCAUGUUAACCAGGCUGGUCUUAAACUUCUGACCUCAAGUGAUCCACCUGCCUCGGCCUCCCAAAGUGCUGGGAUUACAGGCGUGGGUCACCACGCCCAGCCCAAGAUCUGUUAACUGUUAGUUGUACCCACAUUUGCCUUUUAGUUGUCUCAAUAUACAAAACAAAUAUCCUUAUUGCACAUUUGAUAAAUCUAUACCACAUACAGAGGUUUUGUUUGUUUGUUGAGACAGAGUCUCGCUCUGUCACCCAGGAUGAGUGCAGGGGCGCAAUCUCACCUCACUGCAACCUCCACCUCCUGGGUUCAAGCAAUUCUCCCUGCCUCAGCCUCCUGAGUAGUUGAGAUUGCAGGCACCUGCCACCACACCUGGCUAAUUUUUGUAUCUUUAGUAGAGAUGGGGUUUCACCAUGUUGGCCAGACUGGUCUCGAAUUCCUGACCUCAGGUGAUCCGCCAGCCUUGGCCUCCCAAAGUGCGGGGAUUACAGGCCUGAGCCACCUCGCCUGGUCCACACAGAGUUUUGUUGUUAAAAUACACCUGUAUGUUUUCUCAUUUUUGCCCAUUGUUAUGCUAAUAUCACAAAGCCCCGGGUUUACUGUGGGCCUGUAUUUCUCUCUGGGCUUCUGUGAAAAAGUGUUUUUUGAUUAUUUCCUGGGACAAGAGCUUGUCAGGCUUAACUUGCAUCAUCCAAUUUUUAAUGAAGUCCAUAUCUAGCCAAGUAGUAGUAGCUUUGAGGAUUUGAGGAUAUUUGAAAAAAUAAAAACAAAACCAUAGAAAGAGAACCAUGUUUUUUUAAUAUAUAAAUUGAUAAAGACAACAGUAGAUGUCAUCGUUCAAAUAAAAAAAUGACUGUAUCUGAAUUUCAAAUGGCUUCCAAUUUCAAUAUAACUAUUUCACUCUUUUUCUUUUCUUUUUUUUUUUUUUUGAGACAGAGUCUCACUCUGUCACCCAGGUUGGAGUGCAGUGGUGCGAUCUCGACUCACUGCAACCUCCGCCUCCCGGAUUCAAGCGAUUCUCCUGCCUCAGCCUCCUUAGUAGCUGGGACUACAGGCACGCACCACCAUGCCCAGCUAAUUUUUGUAUUUUUAGUAGGUAUGAGGUUUCACCAUGUUGGCCAGGAUAGUCUCGAUCUCUUGACCUCAUGAUCCACCUGCCUUGGCCUCCCAAAGUGCUGGGAUUACAGGUGUCAGCCACCACACCCGGCCCACUCUUCUUCCCAGAAUUUUGAACCAAAUCACAUUAAUCUGUAGUUUUAAAAGAAACAGUUUUAUAUUAGCAUCUUUCCCCUAGUCUUCUACUAUAUAAGAAUUCAUUCCUGUGCCUCAACCAACAUGUACUGAUGUGUACCUUCCUUCAUCCCACAAAGAGUAAGCACUUUUUUUUUUUGAGACAGAAUCUCACUCUGUAGCCCAGGCUGGAGUGCAGUGGCCUAUCUUGGCUCACUGCAACCUCUGCCUCCCAGGUUCAAAUGAUUCUCCCACCUCCCGAGUAGCUGGGACUACAGGUGUGCCCCGACACACCCAGCUGAUUUUUGUAUUUUUAGUAGAGAUGGGGUUUCACCAUGUUGGCCAGGCUGGUCUUGAACUCCUGGCCUCAAGCGAUCCACCCGCCUCGGCCUCCCAAAGCGCUGGGAUUACAAGCAUGAGCCACCAUGCCCAGCCAAGUAAGCACUUUUUAAAUAUAAAUCGUUCAGUCUCAGAAUAGGUAUAUAUGCACAUGUGUAUACAAUUCUAUUCAUAGCCCGGAGACUACAGUAGCAAACACAGGAAAUAGCAUCGUAUUGAAGAACUGAAUCUUUUUUAUUUCAACAUCAUUUGAUUAGCUUAUUGCCCAGGAUUGGGAUGGAAAAGCAGUAUGAUUUUAGCUUUUAAUUUAUAACUUUCUGUCCUUCUCAGAGUCAGAAUAGUGACUCUGGGUUUGGGUAUCUUAAUGAAGAGAGCAUAUAAUGAUAGUAUUAAUAAUUAUAAUGAUAGUAUAAUAAGGUAAUGGCCAACAUAAACUGAGUGCACAAAAUGAUCCAUAAGUAGUUUUAAGCAAUUUACUUGUAUCAGUCUUCAGAACAAGAUUUGAAAAUAAGUACUAUUAUUAUCCUCAUUUUACAAAUGAGGAAAUAGGCAUAGAAGUGGAGGCAGCAUUUCAGUCCGUUAUAGUCAGCUGUAACAAAAAUGCCAUAAACUGGGUGGGUAGCUUAUAAGCAAAAUAAAUUUCUCUCUCACAGUUCUAGAAGCUGAGAAGUCCAAGAUAAGAUACUGGCAGAUUCAGUGUCCGAUGAGGGCCCCCUUCCUGGUUCAUAGACGCCAUCUUCCUACUGUGUCCUCACCUGGUGGGAGGGGCAAACAAGCUUCCUUCGGCCUCUUUUAUAAGAGCACUAGGCCUGACGUGGUGGUUCAUGUCUGUUAUCCCAGCACUUUGGGAGGCCGAGGCAGGUGGAUCACUUGAGGUCAGGAGUUUGGGACCAUGCUGGCCAAAAUGGCAAAAGCUGGCUCUACUAAAAGUACAAAAUUAGCCGGGCGUGGUGGUGCAUGACUGUAAUCCCAGCUACUCAGGAGGCUGAGGUAGGAGAACUGCUUGAACCCAGCGACUCAAGCGAUUUGAGGCCCUCCAAAGGUAGGGGCCUUUGGAGGCAGAGGUUGCAGUGACCUGAGAUUGCACCAUUGCACUCCAGCCUGGGCAACAGAGUGAGACUGUCACACACACACACACACCACUAAUCCCAUUAAUGAGAGCUUCACCCUCAUACCUGGUCACUCUGCAAAGCCCCCACCUCCUAAUAGCAUCACACUGGGGAGUAAGCUUUCAGCAUGUGAGCUUUGAGGGGGACAGACAGUCAGACCAGAGCAGGCAGGAGUGCAUAUUUUAUUUAUAAAGCAGGGUCUCUUGUUAAUAAACUGUUUUCUCUUUUAUUGUUGUUUCUCCCAUAAAGUGAAUAAACAUAAGCCUAGUGGGAAAUGCCAACAUUAAACUUUUAUAUCAGCCAGGCACAGUGGCUCACACCUGUAAUCCCAGCACUUUGGGAGGCCGAGGCGGGUGGAUCACGAGGUCAAGAGAUCGAGACCAUCCUGGCCAACAUGGUGAAACCCCAUCUGUACUAAAAAUACAAAAAUUAGCCGGGCAUGGUGGCAGGUGCCUGUAGUCACAGCUACUCUGGAGGCUGAGGCAGGAGAAUCGCUUGAAUCCGGGAGGUGGAGGUUGCAGUGAGCUGAGAUUUCGCCACUGCACUUCAGCCUGACGACGGAGUGAGACUCCGUCUCAAAAAAAACAAAACAAAACAAAAACCACUUUAAUAUCUUCUACUCUCAGUUGCUGAAAGCUAAGUUGUGGACCCUUUUUCCCAAUUAAGAAAAAACUAAGAGAAAAUGGUGCAUGAUUUUCAUUGCUGCUGUUCAUAUCAGCAAAAGGGCCCUUAUCAGUAAUUAUAUGGUGUGUAAAGAAAGGUUGAUUAUGGAAUUAUUAAUCUUUUCUUAAACAUAUUGUCUUUUUCCAAAAACGUGGCUGCUAUGAACUGAAUAUUUGUGAUCCCUCCCCACUCAAGUUCACAUGUUAAAUCCUAAUCUCAAGGGUGAUGGUAUUAGGAGACAGGGCCUUUGGAAGGUAAUUAGAUCAUGAAGGUGAAGCCCUUAUGAACAGGAGCCUUUAUCAGAUAGGUCCCAGGGAGCUUAUUUCCUUCUUCCAUUAUCUCAGGACACAAUGAGAAUGCACCAUUGAUGAACCAAGGAGAAGGCCCUCACUAGACAAAGAAUCUAUAAGUGUCUAGAUCUUGGACUUACCAGGCCUAUAAGAAAUAAAUUUCUGUUGUUUAUAAGCCACUUAGUCUAUGGUUUUCUGUUAUAGCAGCCCAAACAGACUAAGGCAAUGGCCAUGAGUGAUGAUGUAUCUCCCAUCACCGCUGACCCCUUUCUAAAACUGAGCCGCAUUAGGUAGCAAAUCAAGAGUAUUGCUAUGACUAAUUUAUUACUAAAAUAUAUGUUUCCAAUUUUUUAUUUUUACUUAUUUUAUCUUCUGAGAUGUACAAAAAUUCAUUAAAUAACUGGCCCAUGUAAUUUUAUAAUAGAACAUAUAAAAUAAGACAUGAAAUGAAAACCACCAGUUUUGUAUUCCGAUCAAACAUUUCAAAUUUCUUUUUGAGGUGGAGUCUCGCUUUUGUCACCCAGGCUGGAGUGUAGUGGCAAAAUCUCGGCUCACUGCAGCCUCCGUGUCCUGGGUUCAAGUGAUUCUCCUGAGUAGCUGGGAUUAUAGGUGCCCGCCAGCACACCCAGCUUAUUUUUGUACUUUUAGUAGAGACAGAGUUUCGCCAUGUUGGCCAGGCUGGUCUCGAACUCCUGACCUCAGGUGAUCUGCCCACCUCAGCCUCCCAAAGUGCUAGGAUUACAGGCAUGAGCCACUGCGCCCGGCCUCAAAUUUCUUAUCUCUCUAGAGUACUUGUAAUUAACAGCAACAGUGUUGACUUACAAGAUUUCUAAAACAUAAGUAUAUGCUUCAUGUAAUCGUAUGAUAUGUGGAAUCAGAAUAGAUCAGAUUUUGUCUUGGAUUAGGGUUGGAAGAAGUCAGGUAGGAAAGAACAGGAAGACGUCAGCAGCUGGAAAUGGAAUAAGUAGACUUUUAUCUUCAGAUGUAUAAUUGGCACCUUUUUAUCCAUUAUUAUGUAAGAUAGGGGAAAGACUCAAUCUUGAGUUUCAUGAAUCACACCCUCAAAAACUGCAUUUUAUUUAAUUAAAUCAUAUCCUCUACAUUUCUAAUAUUUAUAAAUGUGACAUUAAUUUCAGCCAUUGAACAAGAAUGCACUCACAUUAAUAUCUUUCAGAGCAGCUUACUAAGAUUCGUUGUAACAUGUUUAUAAUCAGUUGGGAAUCUAGGUGUUGCUUCAUUGCUAAGCCUUGAUGGAGCAUUUAUGGAUAUGUUUUAUGAUUUGCUAAUCUGUGCUGUGAAACCAUCAGUCUGUUUGCAGUGGGGAGGAAGGAUUUGGGAGGGGUAGGAGGGUGGAGGGAGGGAGGAUAGUUUUGUUUGACGUGUCAGUGGAGGGAGGGGGCGGGAAGGCAGGUUGGUCUUGAGGUUUGAACUAAGAUGGACUUAAAGGGUUCAGUUUUGACCCUUGCACAAAAAUCAGCUACAGUAAAUAGUUGCUACUACUAAGCAGGUUUUCAGUGAUCAUACUUGAUUUUCUUUCUUUUUUCUUGUUUUAUAUAUUU